AAGCAUACAAUCUUUGUCGCAAGAUGGCACAAACUACCGAACCCCUACUGCAGCGCCCUCUUUAUGUCUUCGACCUCCCGCAAGAACUCCUCCAGACGCUCGAACUCAAAGCACAGAACAAUGCUGCAGUCGCCGUGCCCGACGAUCCCGAACUGUUAGCCAGCAAUAGUAGCAGAAGAAGCGAAACCGAGGAUGGCGCACCUUCGUCAGCAACAUCGUGCGGGCUGUGCGGCCUUUCGUUUCCGAGCGUGCAAGAGCAGAGGAGCCAUGUGCGCAGUGAUCUGCAUGGAUACAACAUGAAGCAAAAGAUGCGCGGAUUGAAGUCUGUGGGAGAGAACGAUUUCGAGAAGCUGGUAGGAGACCUGGACGAAAGCAUUUCAGGCAGCGACAGCGACGACUCGGCCAGCAGCGACGACGAUGGCAAGAAAGAUACGACUUUGAGUGCGCUCCUCAAGAAGCAGGCGAACAUUGCAGACCCUGACUUUGACGACUUUACGACGACAAAGACCAAGGUCGGUGCUGGCAAACCACCGCUUCUGUGGUUCUCCUCGUCCAAGUUGCCCUCGAACGUCGCUCUUGGUGUUUACCGAACUCUCCUCCCCGCCGCCAUCCAAGUCGGAGAUGGCGCGACAAUCCUUCAGACCAUCAAGGACAAGCAACUCUCUCCGAAGCCUCCACCAACGCAACCCACAUCAGCUCCGACCGAAGACUCAGGCGGUGUCCCUCUCCCUCGCUCUCUCCAGCCAGACACGUCUGCCACAGGCCCCCACUACUUCUUGUGUAUGAUUGGAGGCGGUCACUUUGCCGCCAUGGUUGUUUCUCUGACACCCAAGAUGACCAAGAAGGCUGGUGUCGAGGACCGCGCUGCCACGGUACUUGCACACAAGACAUUCCAUCGCUACACAACUCGUCGCAAGCAGGGUGGUUCUCAGUCCGCCAAUGAUAGUGCCAAGGGUGCCGCUCAUUCUGCUGGUGCUGGCAUCCGUCGCUACAACGAGGCCGCCUUGAUCGCCGAAGUCCGUCAGCUGCUGCAGGACUGGAAGGUUUGGAUUGACAGCAGUGAACUUCUCUUCAUCCGCGCCACCGGAACCACCAACCGUCGCACUCUUUUCGGCCCUUACGAGAACCAAGUCCUGACGUCCAGAGACCAGAGGAUCAGAGGCUUCCCGUUCGCUACUCGCCGUGCCACACAAGCUGAGCUGAUGCGUUCUUUCGUCGAACUUACUCGAGUCAAGGUGUCAACGAUCGACGAGGCUGCCAUCGCAAGGAAAGCACAGGAGGAGGAAGCCGCUCGCCAGGCCGCCGAAGCAAAGGCUGCCGCCAAACCUGCUACGCCGAAACCUGUCAAGCCGACUAAAGAGGAGGAAGAAGCAUCGUUACACACUACACAACUCCAGGCGCUCAUCCGUCGAUCAAAAGCACCGGCUCUUGUCUCAUACAUCACAUCCAACAAUCUCUCACCGAACUUUACUUUCUUCCCCUCGGAUAUUCCGCAAAAUCACCAUGCUCCCACACCGCUCCAUCUAGCUGCCUCUCUCAAUGCUCCUGCCCUCGUAUCCUCACUACUGCUGAAAGCAAAGGCCGACCCUACCUUCAAAUCUGCAGAAGCAAAAACUGCUUUCGAGAUUGCAGGCGAUCGCGCAACCCGUGACUCUUUCCGUCUAGCUCGCUCAGAGCUUGGUGAAAACGCUUUCGACUGGGACUCAGCAGGUGUACCGGCCGCUCUCUCCAAGGCUGACUAUGACGCUCGCGUUCAACGCGAGAAAGACGAGAAGGCUGCCGAAGAUGCAGCAGAGCAGCAACGACGAAAGACUGAAACCGAGCGACUACGGAAUGAAGACAAGGUUAGGGAAGAGCAGAGCAAAGAAAAGAAGUUUGGCAAGGGCAAGACGUUGGCGCAAGUGUUGCCCGAGAAGACGGCACAGGAGAAAAGGGAGGAAGAGGCUAGAGGCAUGACACCAGAGAUGCGCAUGAAGCUCGAGCGAGAACGUAGAGCCAGAGCUGCGGAAGCGCGGUUCAAGGCCAUGAGCGGAAACAAAUAGUUGCUUGAUACAACGCCAAACGAGAACAACACACGAAAUUAGGGAGCUCUGAUGUGACAAAAAAUCAUGACUUUGUGCGACGUUAUGUUGCCCUUCCACAACUCUCUCCUUCUGUAUACUCAGAUGCCCACAAAUGCUGCAAUGCGACUUCCCU